AGUUUGUCCAUCGUUGUUUAUUUUGGAGUAGUUACUUUUCUACUACUCGUCGUCGAAAAUACUUUAUUAUGUCUUCUUUGGCAAUAUAUGGUGAGAGACAAUCAGGUGAAGAUGUGAGAACACAAAAUAUCACAGCUUGUAUUGCGAUUGCGAAUAUUUUGAGAAGUAGUUUGGGUCCCGUAGGGUUGGAUAAAAUGCUAGUGGACGAUAUGGGUGAUGUUAUUGUAACUAACGAUGGUGCUACCAUCUUGAAACAAUUAGAAGUGGAACAUCCAGCAGCCAAAGUACUUGUAGAACUGGCACAACAACAGGAUGAAGAAGUAGGUGACGGUACGACAUCUGUAGUAUUAUUGGCAGCGGAACUUUUGAAAAGAGCAGACGACUUGGUGCGAAGAGGUAUUCAUCCUACAAAUAUCAUUGCAGGAUAUCGUUUAGCCAUGCGAGAGUCUUGCAGAUUCCUUCGCGAUACCUUUGCUGUAUCUGUAGAGAAGCUAGGAAAGUCUUGCUUGUUGAAUACUGCAAGAACAGCCAUUUCCUCUAAAAUUAUCGGAUCUGAGAUCGACUUUUUUGCCAAUCUUGCCGUAGAAGCAGUAUUAGCUGUUAAGAGAAAGACCGAAGUUGGAAAAUACAAAUAUCCAAUCAAAGCUAUAAACAUUUUAAAGAAGAGUGGAAAGGGCGCCCGAGAUUCUCAACUACUAAAAGGCAUUGGUUUGAAUGUGACACGUGCUUCUCAAGGCAUGCCUUUACGAGUAAGCCCUGCCAAGAUUGCCUGUUUAGAUUUCGAUUUGCGCCGUUCCAAGAUGAAGAUGGGAGUUCAAGUAUUAGUGGAAGAUCCUAAAGAGUUGGAAAGAAUUCAAGAAAAGGAAUAUGAAGUAACAAAAAGUAGAAUUGAAGCUAUACUAAAAGCUGGAGCCAAUGCUAUUUUUACAACCAAAGGCAUUGAUGAUGCGGCAUUGAAAUAUUUUGUUGAGAAGAAUGCCAUUGCAGUUCGUCGUGUUGCCAAAGAUGAUAUGAAGCGUUUAGCAAAAGCUACUGGUGCCUCUGUUCAAUUAACUAUGGCUGAUUUGGGAGGCGAGGAGAGCUUUGAUCCUUCUUUUCUUGGUUCAGCUGAAGAAGUUGUUGAGGAAACCAUUUCAGAUGACAAGUUUAUAUUUGUUCGAGGUUGUAAGAAUCUUGCUAGUGGAACAAUUGUUUUGCGUGGUCCCAAUGAAUAUAUGUGUGACGAAAUGUCUCGUUCAUUACAUGAUUGUCUUUGUGCUGUUCAAAGAGCUUUAGAAAGCAAUUAUGUGGUCCCAGGAGGAGGCUGCGUUGAAGCAUCGCUAUCAAUAUUUUUAGAAAACUUUGCGACUACACUUGGUGGACGUGAGCAGCUGGCAAUUGCAGAGUUUUCUGAUGCUCUGUUGGUAAUCCCCAAAACACUUGCAGCGAAUGCGGCCUUAGAUGCUACCGAUAUGAUUGCAAAACUACGUGCUGUUCAUAAUGCUGCACAGUUAGAUUCGAACAAAGGCAAUCUUUCACAUAUGGGUUUGGAUUUAGAGAAUGGUCAUUUGAGAGAUAAUUUAGAAGCAGGUAUUUUGGAACCAGCUAUGAGUAAGAUCAAGUCUAUUCAGUUGGCGACGGAAGCCGCAAUUACAAUUCUACGUAUUGAUGAUCUCAUCAAACUGAAGAAGAAACAAGAAGACGAGUCUGGAGAAUAUUAGUGUUUUUUUUAUAUGAAAAGUUUAUGGACAAUAUAAAGCUUAUUGUCUUUCAUCGUUUAUAGCUAUUUUUCUA